AGCAUUGUAUGGAAGGAGAUAGACAACUGAAUCUGGAACUGCUGCAGAACAUGAAUUUACAUGCUUGAUUACAGGAUCGCUCAAGCCCAGGACACAUGCCCUUCAAUAAAACCAGAACUAUGGAGUUUUGUCCGAUACACCGGAAAAUGCUGGAUUAUCAGGAAUGUCCAGGAGGUGCUCAACUUUACCAUUUGCGGAUUUACGCAUUGUCAGUCGUGUAACGACUUCUUCUCCGCCAGUAGUGGCACCAGCAAGAAAUGUGUCCGCGAGUUCCAGUACUUCUCCGUGUGGGCUUUUUGUGAAGGUCUCCCUGCACAGAACCAGAUCUCUAGGGAAAGGAUCAUCCUGCCAGUGUCUUGCAGCUGUAAGACCGUCCACUGCUACGCCAACGAUUGGUGGUGGAGGAGAUAG